AUGAGCUCUUUCUCUUGCGGCUAUGGCACCGGCAAGAGAGGGAAGUGUCAUGGUCUCCGUACUGCCCGGAAGCUCUGCAGUCACCGACGAGACCAGAAGUGGCAUGAUAAACAGUUCAAGAAAGCCCACUUGGGCAUAGCCCCGAAGGCCAUUCCGUUUGGGGGUGCCUCUCGUGCAAAGGGAAUUGUGCUGGAAAAAGUAGGGGUUGGAGGCAAACAGCCAAAUUCUGCCAUCCGGAACUGUGCCAGGGUGCAGCUCGUUAAGAACAGCAAGAAGAUCACAGCAUUCAUGCUCAGUGAUGGCUGCUUGAACUUCAUUGAGGAAAAUGAUGAACUUCUGGUUGCUGGAUUUGGUCAAAAAGGUCAUGCUGUAGGUGAUAAUCCUGGUGUCUGCUUUGAGGUGGUUAAACUAGCCAAUGUAUCUCGUUUGGCUCUAUACAAAGGCAAGAUGGAAAGACCACGAUCAUAA